AUAGUGUUUUGUGAAGUGCAAAAUAUUUAAAUUUUUGCAGAAAUUGAAUUAAUUUUUAAACGAAAUGGCUUCGGAUAUUUUAGCUAGUUCUGGAAGCGAGAUACGAGAAAAUUUGUAUUUUCAGGUGACGACAGCAGUGAAAUUUCUAUCCAAUCCUAACGUACAGCGAUGUACUUUAGAAAGUAAAGAACGUUUCUUACGUGGUAAAGGUCUGACAGACAAAGAAAUACAAAAAGCUAUAGAAAAAUGUGGGGAAUUGAUAGAUGUGCCAUCCAUCGCUUCUGAAUUUAUGUUCUUCACUUCUUCAAGAAGAUCCUGGUUAAGAGAACGCAUUUUACCAAUUAUAGUGUAUGGAGGAUUCAUGUAUGGAUGUUACUGGUUUUAUAAGAACUGCGUAAAGCACUUAAUAUUUAUAGAAGAGCCGAAGCGUAAAUCAACAGCGGAGUGCAUAGAGGAGUUGCGUAAAUCUCUCGACGUGUUGAACAGUAGUGUGACGUCACUACGCACCGAGGUGCAGGCCGCGGCACAGCACAAUGCGUUGCGCUUCCAAUUGGACAACCUCAAGUCUGAUAUUGCAUCCGUUAAAGGGAUAUUAUUGAAUAGGAAUCAAUUCCCCUCACUCAAAACUCGUACAGAGCCGCCAUCGAUCCCGGCAUGGCAGCGGCAAUCGGAGGAGGCGUCAGCCACAGAAGUAGCUGCGGAGGAGAAGAAGAAGUCGCACCGCAGUCGCAGUCAGCGCUCCGAGAGCGGCGGCUCCAACUCCAGUGAGGGAGAACACGCCACCAAGAACAGUGAUAGUAGCCUCGAGAUCAUCACAUGAAGUGAUACGCCACAGUUCAAAUUUAGUCUAUAUUAUUACGAUGUUAGACUCAAGCCUGUACGUUUCUGUUUGUUGGCGGCAAAUUGUUAGUGCAAUGAUAGUGACAGGUGCAGAUUGUAAAAAAAACUAUGCUUUUUGUUAACUUUUUUUUUUGUAAAUGUGUUG